UGUCCGCAGCCGCUAUGGCGGAGAAUUGGAAGAACUGCUUCGAGGAGGAGCUCAUCUGCCCCAUCUGCCUCCAUGUCUUCGUGGAACCGGUGCAAUUGCCGUGCAAACACAACUUCUGUCGGGGCUGCAUUGGCGAGGCGUGGGCCAAGGACAGCGGCCUGGUGCGCUGCCCAGAGUGCAACCAGGCCUACAACCAGAAGCCGGGCCUGGAGAAGAACCUGAAGCUCACCAACAUCGUGGAGAAGUUCAACGCCCUGCACGUGGAGAAGCCGCCGGCGGCGCUGCACUGCGUGUUCUGCCGCCGUGGCCCCCCGCUGCCGGCGCAGAAGGUCUGCCUGCGCUGCGAGGCUCCCUGCUGCCAGUCCCACGUGCAGACGCACCUGCAGCAGCCCUCCACCGCCCGCGGGCACCUCCUGGUGGAGGCGGACGACGUGCGGGCCUGGAGCUGCCCGCAACACAACGCCUACCGCCUUUACCACUGCGAGGCCGAGCAGGUGGCCGUGUGCCAGUACUGCUGCUACUACAGCGGUGCGCAUCAGGGACACUCGGUGUGCGACGUGGAGAUCCGGAGGAAUGAGAUCCGGAAGAUGCUGAUGAAGCAGCAGGACCGGCUGGAGGAGCGAGAGCAGGACAUUGAGGACCAACUGUACAAACUCGAGUCAGACAAGCGCCUGGUGGAGGAGAAGGUGAGCCAACUGAAGGAGGAAGUGCGGCUGCAGUACGAGAAGCUGCACCAGCUGCUGGAUGAGGACCUGCGGCAGACGGUGGAGGUCCUGGACAAGGCCCAGGCCAAGUUCUGCAGCGAGAACGCAGCACAGGCGCUGCAUCUCGGGGAGCGCAUGCAGGAGGCCAAGAAGCUGCUGGGCUCCCUGCAGCUGCUCUUCGACAAGACGGAGGAUGUCAGCUUCAUGAAGAACACCAAGUCUGUGAAAAUCCUAAUGGACAGGACCCAGACCUGCACAGGCAGCAGCCUUUCUCCCCCUAAGAUCGGCCACUUGAACUCCAAGCUCUUCCUGAACGAGGUGGCCAAGAAGGAGAAGCAGCUACGGAAGAUGCUAGAAGGCCCCUUCAGCACACCAGUGCCCUUCCUGCAGAGCGUCCCCCUGUACCCUUGUGGUGUGAGCAGCUCUGGGGCGGAAAAGCGCAAGCACUCGACGGCCUUCCCUGAGGCCAGUUUCCUAGAGACGUCAUCGGGCCCCGUGGGCAGCCAGUAUGGGGCAGCGAGCACAGCCAGCGGCGAGGGCCAGUCAGGGCAGCCCCUGGGCCCCUGCAGCUCCACGCAGCACUUGGUGGCCCUGCCGGGCGGCGCCCAACCAGUGCACUCAAGUCCUGUGUUCCCCCCAUCGCAGUAUCCCAAUGGCUCCGCCGCCCAGCAGCCCAUGCUCCCCCAGUAUGGGGGCCGCAAGAUUCUCGUCUGUUCUGUGGACAACUGUUACUGUUCUUCCGUGGCCAACCAUGGCGGCCACCAGCCCUACCCCCGCUCCGGCCACUUCCCCUGGACAGUGCCCUCACAGGAGUACUCACACGCGCUCCCGCCCACACCUUCCGUCCCCCAGUCCCUUCCCAGCCUGGCGGUCAGAGACUGGCUCGACGCCUCCCAGCAGCCUGGCCACCAGGAUUUCUACAGGGUGUAUGGGCAGCCGUCCACCAAACACUACGUGACGAGCUAACGCUACGCGGGCGGUGGGGCGCUGGGGAAUCUCCCCCCUCAGCCCCCAGUGGCUCGGGAAUGACGCAUCCAGAGACCUGCCCUUCUACCUUCCUGUCCUCCCUCCCUUCCUCCUUCAUUUCCCCAAGUCUUUUCCUUUUGGAUUUUGUUUUGUUUGGGGCUUGUUUUGAUUUUUUUUUUAUUACGAAUCUCCUGGACUCUGAGGUGACAGUGGGAGCUGGCCUGGGCCAGGGCUGCAGGUGGCUCUGGAGUUGGGAAAGCGUCUACCUCAAGGCGCUGAGCUCUCUCUCUCUCUGUCUCUCCUUUUUUCUUCCACUCCUUCCCCUACCCACCCCCGUGGCUGGAAGGAGCCUCAGCUUCCCCUAAAGCCUUGGGGGUAGGGGCAGUUUCCAACCCUCCUCAGCCAGCCCUGGGAGGAGGGACCAGUGCCCACUGGCCUGCUUCUCCUCUUCUUUUUCUUUUGGGCAGUUUGAUCACUGACUAAAUAAGGAAUGACCUGUAGAUUGUGGGGCUUUUUUUUUUUUUUUUAAUUUUUUUAAAACCAAGAAUGAUUUCUCCUGCUUCCUUCUCACCAUCCUCCCAGACGGAGUUCAAAGGCCACUUCUCAAGCAGCUUUUGGCACCUUUAGCCUCAGAAUGGAAUCUUAAAGACAGGAACCCCCAUGUCCAGGAAAGGGGAAAGGAACCUUGCCAAUGAUAGUGACCACAGCAGAAGCAAAUAAUAAUAAUAUUAAUAAUAAUAAAGAGAAAUAAAUAAUAAAAAAAAAAACCAUAGCACAGCCCUUGUUGAGGUCAGCGGGAGAGGAGGGGCUGCCCGGAGUUGGGUCCUUGCCUGGAUUUUGACACAGCGACUUCCUGUAGUGAGCACUUUGUAUGAAUCGUGGACUUCCUGUUCUCAAGGCGCAGGUAUUUAUUCUGUAAUCUGUCUAGAGCACACACCGAAAUCCAACCUUCUAAUAAACAUAAUGGCGCAGUCCCA